AUGAUCGCCAGACAGGCCCCUCUGCCGGCUCACAGCAGCAGCAGCAGCAGCAGCAGCAGCAGCAGCUGGGGGCAGCAGACCAAUGGCGCCCCGCCGCGGAGCAAGGCCAAGGGGGGCCCCCGAGAGGGCCCCAAGGGGGGCCCCGGGGGCCCCCCUUUGACGUUUUCAGAGCUGCAGAGCCACCGCCUGGUGCAGCUGGCCAGGCGGACUUGGCUGCAGCAGCAGCAGCAGGUAGAGCACGUGGACGCGGGGGCCUUCUUUGCUGCAGCAGCAGCAGACAAGCAGCGCGCAGCAGCAGCAGCAAAGGCGAAGUUGGAGGAGGCGAAGGCGGCGCUUGAGGCCCUCAGCAGCAAGCAGCCUGCGGACAAGGAGCAGCAGCAGGAGCAGCAGCAGCAGCAGCAGCAGAAGCAGCGCGUUCUGGAGCAGGCUGAGAAGCGCGCGGCCGCUGCUACUGCAGCAGCAGCAGCAGCCACUGCUGCGAAACAGUCCUGGGAGGCCCGUGGGGGAGCGCAGCGCAGCAGCAGCAGCAGCAGCAGCAGCAAAACUGCAGCACUGAUAUCUGAGGUGUACGAACAGCUGAAGCGCAGCAACUUUUCCGGCAGCAGCGUGCAGGCCCUCGACUACACUCAUUACUUGGAGGCUUUUUUGUGGCCUUCCUUCAACAGCAGCCCUGCUGCAGCAGCAGCAGCAGCAGCAGAGCCUGCAGCAGCAGCAGCAGCAGCAGCAGCAGGAACGACGCAGCCUGCGCACCUGCUGAGCAUUUGUGCGUUGCUGCUGAGCUCGGGGGCCAGAGGCGGUGAGCUGCUGCUGCCGCUGCAGCGGCAGCCGCGGCAGCUGCGGGCGCUGCGGAGGCUGGAGGCUGCAGCAGCAGCUGCGCAGCCGCAGCAGCAGCUGCAGCAGCAGCUGCAGCAGCAGCUGCAGCAGCAGCAGCAGCAGCAGGAAGACGAGGAGCUGCAGGAAGCAGCUGACGAUUUGCCUGAAGAGUUCAUCGACGCCAAAGUCAAGGCGCUCUUCUACAGGCUGGCGAUGCUCUUGGUUACGUCCGAGCUGCCAGACAUGAAGCAGCAGCAGCAGCAGCAGCAGCAGCAGCAGCAGCAGCAGCAGCAGCAGGGGGGGAAGCACAGGGACGACAAGGGCGUCGCUGCGGACGCUGAUGGGGAAGGCCGGAACGGCAGCACAAACCGCAGCAGCAGCAACGGCAGCAGCAGCAGCAGCAGCAGCAGCAGCAGCAGCAGCAGCAGCAGCAGCAGCGUGUACACGAGCAGCAGCCGCAGCCAGCCGCCGCUGGGCUGCUGCAGAGUGGUGCUGGCAGCAGAAGAGCAGCAGCUGCUGCUGAGCUUUUUCAUUUGUGCUUUUCAAGGACUUGAACAAAAGCUGCUGCGGCGGCUGUGUCUGUCAGUGUGUGGCCCUUGCUGCUUCGCGCGGCUGCCUGCUGCUGCGCUGCAGCAGCUGCUGCAGCAGAGUGCAGCGGCUGCGCUGCUGUGGAAGCGCGCGCAGAAGCGUUUGCUGCCGCUGCAGCAGGCAGCAGCAGCAGCGGCCGCCGCCCACGCUGCAGGCGGUGACGCAGCAGCAGCAGCAGCAGCAGCAGCAGCAGCGGUGCGGCAGCACCCGCGCGAGCAUCUGCAGCAGAUCAUGCUGGACAGGGACUUCAUGUUCGUCCUCAUGAGAAAAUUCAACAUCAUCUCAGCGACCGCGGCCCCGUGGUCGCGGCCCUCCCAGCAGCAGCAGCAGCAGCAACAGCAGCAGCAGCAGCAGCAGCAGCAGCAGCAACAGCAGCAGCAGCAGCAGCAACAGCAGCAGCAGCAGCAGCAGCAGCAGCAGCAGCAGUGUGGGGUGUGUGCUGCAGAGGACGUGUGCGGGUCUUUCGAGCGCGCGGAAGUGCCGCUGCAGCUGGUGCUGCUGCUGGAGCGGCUGCUGGAGCUGUUUGUGGAUUUGCUGUCGCAGCUGCCCACGCGGCGCUGUUUGCUGCCGCUGCUGCAGCAGCAGCAGCUAGCUGUUCGCGCCGAGAGAAGUGCUGCUGCUGCUUGCACGGAGGCCGGAGUCCUCAGGCAGCUGCUGCAGCAGCUCUUCUUCUACGAGAGAUUCGAAAUCGACGACGAUACUGGCCGUCCCUUGAGUGCAACUGCGUGCAUCGCGCGGCACUAUGACCGCGUGGAGGCGUUUCAGAGGCGCUGCUUCGAGCUGGGGAGCACAGCAGCAGCAGCAGGAGCAGCAGCAGCAGCAGCAGCAGCAGCAGCGCCAAACGGCGCACUGGCAGAUGCUGCGCUGCAGCCCAUUUCCUCAAUAGACGACUGGGAACGGCUGCAGCAGCUGCUGCAGCAGCAAGAGCUGCUGACGCUGCUGGACUUGUGUGUGCACUUGCACCUGCUGGACCCGCUGCAGCUGCCGGGGGUGGCGGAGCCUGCUGCUGCUGCUGCUGCGGGGGCUGCUGCUGCUGCUGCUGCGGGCGCGCCGCAGCUCGCAGCAGCAGCAGCAGACAGCCGCAAACGCAGCAAAGCCUGGGUCAGGCAGCACCUUGUUGCUGUUCUCGUGAGGGCACUGCAGCGGGAAAAAGAUCAGCUGCAGCAAAUCAACAGCCAGCCAUUAUACCCCGACGAGCUGGAGCUCUGGAGCGAAGUGCUGCUGCCGCCGCAGCAGCAGCAGCAGCAGCACCAAGCCCUCGCCCUUCCCAAACUCAACCUCCAGUUCCUCACUGUCCACGACUACCUGCUGCGCAACUUCCAGCUGUUUAGGCUGGAGUCGAUUUACGAAAUAAAAGAAGAAAUAGAAGACGCGUUGUGGCGGCUGAGGCCUCGGCGGAAGCUGGCAGCAAACGCUGUUGCUGGCAGCUAUCCUUCAGCAGCAGCAGCAGCAGCAGCAGCAGAGCAGCAGGACCCGCUGCAGCAAAUAACAGACGCAGCAGACUAUCUUGGCGGCGAAACUGUCUUUGAGGGUUCCUGCAGAAUGGCUUUGAAGCUCGAGAGGUUCACCGUCGUAGCUGUCGAGCCACCGAAAGUGGGGGAGCAGUUUCCCGCUGCAGUGCAUGCGGAGCUGGUCUUCGACUUGGGAAGCUGCGGGAAACAAGUUAAAGAAGAAUGGGACUCUUUGAAAGAAUUUGAUGUUGUGUUUUGUUUGGCGGUGUCGCCGCCGCUGCUGCUGCAGCAGCUGGACGUACACCCCGAGGCCCUGGCUCCUGCUGCUGUCCGCAGCACUUUCGGCAUUUUGGCUGUCCGCGGGGCCCAGGUGCAGCAGCUGCUGGACCAGGAGGGAGUUUGCAUCUCCGAACCCAACCCCCUCAAGCCGCACAAGCCGGUGGGGAGUGUACGUACACUGCGGGUGCUGCUGGACAGCUGCGCGUACAGCCGAGACCUGCAGCAGCUGCAGCAGGAAGGAGUGUCUGCUUUGUUUGCGCAAAUGAACAUAAUAAUGCGGAGAAGUGCAAGACAAAACAACUUCAAAUCUGUUUUGGAAACUAUUCGAAAUAUUAUGAACCAUCCAGAAGAAGUUGUGGCGCCUCCCUGGCUGCUGGACACUUUCCUGGGCUACGGCGACCCCGCGGGGUGUACGUUCACGCCGGCGCAGGUGCGGGCUUUGGUUUCGGGGCUGCAGCCGGGAGUGACUCUGGUUGUGGGGCCGCCGGGCAGCGGGAAGACAGACACAGCAGCACAACUUGCUUAUUUGCUGCACCAAGGAAAUCCAGAAGAAAGGAUUUUAUUAGUUGCUCAUUCAAAUAGUGCAUUAAAUGAUCUUUUUAGAAAAGUAGCAGCACUGGACGUGGACGAAACGAAGUUGCUGCGCCUCGGGAGAGGCUCGCUGGACCUGCAGCAGCAGCAGCAGCUCUGGCAGCAGCAGCAGCAGCAGCAGCAGCAAGACGACCUUCUCAUGCCCCUCGAAGGCAGCAACGAUGUCGAAGACUUUUCUUUUUCCAAACAUGGCAGAGUCAACAAAGUGCUGGAGCAGCGGAAGCUGCUGCUGCAGCAGAUCGCGAGGCUGGGCGAGUCGGUCGAGGCCGAGCUUGCUGCUGCUGCUGCUGCUGCUGCUGGCACUGCAGCAGCAGCAGCAGCAGCGCCCGUCUCCGUCGGAGACGUCAGCUCCAGCUGCGAAGCUGCGCAGCAGUUCUUCAAAUACCAUAUUCAGUUUCGAAUAGAAAGAUACAUGGCAGUCCUCAACAACAUCAACGAGCUGCUGCAGCAGCAGCAGCAGCAGGACUCGCAGCAGCAGCAGCAGGACCCCCUGCUGCAGCAGCAGCGCCAGCAGCAGAUCCGCAAAAAGGUGGAAGCAGCUAUUGAAAGGUACGAACAAGAAAGAGGCAGCAGAAUAUUCGUCAUGCUCCCAACCAGCCGCAGACGCAGCAACCCAGAGCAGCAGCAGCAGCAGCAAGAGCAGCAGCAGCAGCAGCACCAGCAAGAGCAGCAGCAGCAGCAGCAAGAGCAGCAGCAGCAGCAGCAGCAGCAGGAGCGGCAGGAACAGCAGCAAGGGACGAAGCGUCCCUCUGCAACUCCUGCUGGCAACACCAAAAAGAAACGCCGCCAGCAGCAGCAGCAGCAGAAGAGACCCACUUCACUGUGGACGCAGCGGUGCGCUUUUGCUGCUGUUUGUUUUAUUUAA